GCUUUCUCCAGCUUGGCGUCUGGCUGCUGUUUGAGGAACUCUGGACCCAGGACAGACUUGAGCUGCUCAAUGCUGCUGUUGAUUCUCUCUACAGAGACCUCUACAGCACAGAGAUCCAGACAUGGCACCUACAAUCACUGCAGCAAUGACCGAUUCUCAGGAGCAUCUGACUCUGACCCACAAGCUCAGAAAGCCUCUGGUGGAGAAGUUACGCAGAGAGCGAAUCAACAGCAGCAUUGAGCAGCUCAAGUCUCUCCUGGGUCCAGAGUUCCUCAAACAGCAGCCAGACGCCAAGCUGGAGAAAGCAGACAUCCUGGAGAUGACAGUUUGUGUCCUGAGACGACUGCAGCAGCAGAAGCAUCAACCUGCGGACUCAGCAGCUGUCAAUCAAGGCUACUCCAGGUGUGUCCAAGAGGUGACACACUUCCUGUCCAAGGAGGAGGUGAAGACACAGCCCCAGAGAAGACUGCUGAAGCACUUCAACAAGCUGCAGUCUUCCUCUGAUAACAACCUGAGAGAGGCUGACUUCUCUCUUCUGAGCUCCACAGUCCAGACCAGCAUCACCAAAGAGAAGAGUCCAGUGGACAGCGCCGUCUGGAGGCCGUGGUAGACACCCAAGGACCUGUAGAAAAGUGAAGCCCAUGAGUGAAACCAACAUUUGUGCUCUUGGUCUUUGACCCUCGACCUCAUUCUCGUGGUCUCAUCUUGAAGACUUAUUGCAUAUGUUACUGCAAUGUUUACCUUUUAUUACCUUUUGUGAAGGCCACAUUAUGUGUUUCUGUGAUAUUUGCAGGACGUCUACUAUUUUGUAUUUCAAAGGUAGUGCCUUAUUUCAAGUGUUACUCUGUGAAGUAAACAGUAUUGUUCCUAAUGGGAAUGUCUAUACAUAGUCAGUAACACUGACAGUGUUGUAUGUACUUUUUCUCCAUUUAGGAGACACAGUCAAUCAUGUUGAACAUGUGUCAGACUUCUAUGUGAUAUUCACAUACUGUUUAUUGAAAUGUCCUUCCUGAUGUAUCUUUAAACAUCUCACUUGUCUGCGUUUUUAGCAGAUGGAUGUUGUGUAUUCAUUAAGACAACUGUGCUGAGUUAUGACUCUGUGAGUGACAGCACUCAUACCUUCAGUGAAGGGCUUAAUGUUUGGAAAACGUGAAUGUAUCUCUUCAAGCCAAGUGAUGCGCAUUAAAA